AUGAAGGGGCGACCGGCUUUCGAGCGCCGCAAAAUCUUUGCAAAAUCGCGCGCAUCAGAUUCACAGAGCAAUCAGUCCUUCCUAAGUGCUGGCCCGGAGCAGCACCAGGCGGGCGCAGAAGAUGACGGUGGUGGCAGCUACGGCUGCAUGGCGGCACGCACGGCGCUCAUCCUGCCCUUCACGUGGGAGGACGAUACUGUGUCGGCCGUGAACUGGACCGAGAAGCUGCUCAAGCGCUGCAUCCGGGACAAGCAGACCGGGCGCAGGGUGCCCCUGUGGGAGCUCAACCAGUCUCUGCCCCUCGAGACCGCCGAGCUGUCGGCCCACUUCCGCCAGAUCGUCGGCUGGAACGAGGAGGUGCGCCGCGCCGUCCACGUCGAGGCCCUACACGCCCGCCGCCGCCUCGACCUUCCCGAGGCCUCGCCCGCCGCCGCUGCUACCGCCCCUGGGCAGCCCAGCGCAGGAGGAGAAGGCCAGCAGCAGCAGAGCAAGGGGAUGGAGGAAGAUGGAGAAGUGGGAAUGGAAGAUGAGGAGGAAGAUGAUUUGGAUGGGGGCGAGGGCGGGGAGCUGGAGGAGUCGAGCGGGGACGAGGAGGAGGCGGAGGAGGAGGCGGCCCACCGCCGGAAGAUGGAGGUGUGGAAGUGCAGCCGGCUGCGGCUCACGGCCAGCGCGCUGGCCUUGGUCUUCCCCGAGCCCGCCCUGUGGGCCGCCGACAUGCAGGGCCAGUCCAACGCCGUCGCCUUCGACAACUCGAGCCACCUCGCCUUCCUCACCUCCACCACCAACCUCCUCCAGCCCCAGCCCCAGCCCCAGCCCCAGCCGCCGCAGCCUCACGGGCUGCACCCCCGCCAGCCCGGCGGCCUGGCCACGCCCGGGCCGAGCGGCGCAGCGGCGACGGCGGCAGCGGCAGCUGGGAGUGCGCUGGGAGUGCUGCCCAGAUCUCGUUCGACGCCCUACGUAGGGCGACCAGAGCUCCAGCAGACGAACGUUACCAGCAGAGACGGCGGUGCGGAGGACGACAAGGAGCUCGAGGAGGAGAAGGAUGACAGCGACGACGACGACAAUGACGCCGUCGGUGCUACGCCCAGCAAGCGCAAGCCUGCCAAGAGCCGUAUGCCGCUGCGGCGCUCCGAGUCGCAGCGGCCCGUCACUCCCGUCAUUCGCAUCCCUUCUCUCAUGUCCACCAUGCCUGACUCCCCAUUCACGCCCAGCGGACCGUCGACGGUGUCGGCGCUGGAUGCAAAGACGACGUCGCUCAGGAUCGGGGUGCCGUGCGUGGAGCUGGUGCUGUAUCCGAUGGGCGGCGGGCUCCUCGUGUUCCACAUCGACUGGAUGCCCAACGCCCGCAACAAAAAGCUCUCCGUCGACGAACUCCGUCGGUGGCUGUUUUUGGUCAAGUUCCGCCACCGGGUGAAGAAGGUGUUCCUCGGGUGGACGCUGGGUCCGAGCGACCCCGCCAAGCUGCUGACCCCGCGCAGCAAGAAGAACGAACGCAACUCGGCGCCCAUCCUGGGCAAACUUGCAGGCUCCAUCAAGGGCGAGGAGCUCAUCUCGCUGGCGACGAUCGGUAACUGGUUGCUGCACCUGCCCAACGAGUCCGAACAACUGCCCCCGCACCGCGUCUCACACGGCACCCACGCCAACCACCACUCCACGGUGGUGCUCGAUCGGGAGCCGGCGGAGGAGGACCUGCAGGAGUAUCUGUUCCAUCUCACGCGAGGCGAUCGUCGCCGGCUCACUAAGUGUCGUGUCUCUCACCCGUUGGGCGCCAUCUUUUAA